AUGGCAGGCACACGAAGAUCCGCGCGGCAAUCAACAUCCACAGCCCCUAAGUACGCAGAAGACAGCUCAUCAGCUUCAGAAGACGCAGCGCCGAAGCGCAAUGGCAAGAAAACGCCGCGUCGCAAGCGCGCUCGCGAGGACGAGCAAGUCGCCGCGAAGGAUGAAGGCCCACCGCCUCCUAAGAAGAAAGCCGCGAAAUCCGCACCGAAGCCCCCGAAAUCCACGCCCAAACGCGCCCGCUCUCCCAAACCUCCGCAAGCCCCUGCCGCCCCUCCUCCCGCUCCUUCCUCGGAUACAAAUCGCGACGCCGACGGCAACCAGGAAGUAUACUGGCUUUUCAAAGCAGAGCCGCUCCCGCGCUACGAAAACGGCGUCAACGUCGCCUUCUCCAUCGACGACCUAGCCGCCUGCGACCGUCCCGAGCCCUGGACCGGGGUGCGCAACCCGCAAGCGCGGAACAACAUGCAAGCGAUGCGCAAGGGCGACCUCGGCUUCUUCUACCACAGCAACGCGAAGCCGAGCGGGGUGGUGGGCAUACUGCGCGUGGUGGAGGAGGCGAAGGUGGAUGAGACGGCGUUCGAUAGCAAGGAUCCGUAUUAUGAUCCGAAGAGCGAGCGCGAGAAGCCGAAGUGGUAUUGCGUGGGGGUCGAGUUUGUGAGAAAGUUUGACGGGGUGGUGGAUUUGCAGAGGAUUAAGAGGUAUGCGGGGAAGGGCGGGAAGCUGGAGGGUUUGCAGUUGGUGACAAAUGGGAGGCUUAGCGUGUGUCGCGUGAGGAAGGAGGAGUGGGAGUUCAUUCUUGGUUUGGCAGAAGGGAAGGAGGAGGGCGAGAGUGAUGACAAAGGCGUGAACGAUGGUGAGGGCGGAGAGGCGACUGCGGGCACUGAAAAAGGGACGAAUGAGGACAAGGAUUCAUGA